GCCCGCCACCGCUUUAAGAGGCUGCAAGGCGCGGGGCCGGAGCCGCAGCCCGGAGCGCGGAGCCGGAGCCGAGCCGAGCGGGCAGGUGCAGGGCUGCGGGGACGGCAGCGGCAUGACCGGCCACCACGGCUGGGGCUACGGCCAGAACGACGGCCCUUCACAGUGGCACAAGCUGUUUCCCAUUGCCCAGGGAGAGCGCCAGUCCCCCAUCAACAUCGUGUCCAGCCAGGCUGUCUACUCGCCCAGCCUGAAGCCUCUGGAGCUGUCCUAUGAGGCCUGCAGGUCUGUCAGCAUCACCAACAACGGACACUCUGUCCAGGUGGACUUCAAUGACAAUGAUGACCGAACCGUGGUGACUGGGGGGCCUCUGGAGGGGCCCUACCGGCUCAAGCAAUUCCAUUUCCACUGGGGCCAGAAGCACAGCGUGGGCUCGGAGCACACGGUGGAUGGCAAGUCAUUCCCCAGCGAGCUGCACCUGGUUCACUGGAAUGCCACCAAGUACAGCACCUUUGGGGAGGCGGCCUCGGCACCCGAUGGCCUGGCUGUGGUCGGUGUCUUCCUGGAGACAGGCAAUGAGCACCCCAGCAUGAACCGCCUGACCGAUGCCCUCUACAUGGUGCGGUUUAAGGGCACCAAGGCCCAGUUCAGCUGCUUCAACCCCAAGUGCCUCCUGCCCACCAGCCGGCACUACUGGACCUACCCGGGCUCCCUGACGACCCCCCCGCUGAGCGAGAGCGUCACCUGGAUCGUGCUCAGGGAGCCCAUUAGCAUCUCGGAGAGGCAGAUGGAGAAGUUUCGAAGCUUACUUUUCACCUCGGAAGACGAUGAGAGGAUUCACAUGGUGAACAACUUCCGGCCGCCACAGCCACUCAAGGGACGGGUGGUCAAGGCCUCCUUCCGGGCCUGAGCUGCCCACCUGCCCCACCAGCUACUAGGCACCAUCCUAUCAAGGGCUUCCACGUCAGCAGACACCAAACCAUUGAGGCUCCCCGCCUGGGGGUGCCGUGGACAGCCUCUGGCCAGUUUGUCCUUGGCCACCCUGGAGGUUUCUUGAUGGGGCCCUGGAGUUGGGGAGAGGAAGGGCUAGAGCUGAGCGUGGGCCCAGCCUGGGGUCACCUCAGCUUCUCCAGGACCCUAAGGUUCAUCGCCCCCCCACCCCUAACCCCCUUCCCCGGAGCUCACACUGUGAUUGAUGGACGAGAUCAGGCUCGGCGGGGCAGGCUGCGGGCAAAGCCAGGAAGACUUAAGCAAUAAUUAGAGGCAGGCAGAGCUGCCCCUCGGCGUUACCUCUGGCGUUACCUCUUCUGCAGCCUCCGCCACGCACGCGGCACCUCAGUGCCAGGCCGUUGAAGUCAGCACCCGGUGGCCGGAGGGGCCGUGGCCUUCUCCCUCCAGCCACCUGCUGCUGG